CCCCUUUCCCCGCCCACCCAUCAGUUCUGGCUGCGCAUGCGCGGAGCUGGCGGGCCAGAGAGUUGUCGGGUGGGAAAUGGCGGCCGCAGGCUUAGUAACUGUGGCAGCUGCUGCGGAAUACUCUGGCCCAGUAGCGUCUGGAGUUAACCUCUCCGGUGUUAACUGCGGCCCAAGCUCCGGGACAGGCCCUGGUCCUGGCCCAGGCUCAUGGAGUCGCUCUCUGGAUCGAGCCCUGGAGGAGGCGGCGGUGACUGGGGUGCUGAGCCUGAGCGGCCGGAAACUGAGGGAGUUUCCCCGGGGAGCGGCCAACCAUGACCUGACUGACACCAUCCAAGCGGACCUGUCACGAAAUCGCCUCUCAGAAAUUCCUUUAGAAGCAUGUCACUUCGUAUCCCUUGAAAAUCUCAACUUGUACCAAAAUUGUAUUCGGUAUAUUCCAGAGGCAAUUCUAAACCUACAAGCUCUGACAUUCUUAAAUAUUAGUCGCAACCAACUGUCAACAUUGCCAGUACACUUGUGCAGUUUACCACUGAAAGUCCUAAUUGCAAGUAAUAACAAAUUGGUCUCACUUCCUGAAGAAAUUGGGCACCUCAGACAUUUGAUGGAACUUGAUGUGAGCUGUAACGAAAUUCAAACUAUACCUUCCCAAAUUGGCAAUCUGGAGGCCUUGAGAGACCUUAAUGUAAGAAGGAAUCACUUGAUACAUUUGCCUGAAGAGCUGGCAGAAUUGCCUUUGAUACGGUUAGACUUCUCAUGCAAUAAAAUUACGACAAUCCCUGUUUGUUUUCGAAACCUCAGGCACCUACAGAUGAUUACCCUAGAUAACAAUCCUCUACAGUCACCUCCUGCACAGAUAUGUAUAAAAGGAAAAAUCCACAUAUUUAAAUACCUGAAUAUACAAGCUUGUAAGAUUGCUCCAGAUCUGCCAGAUUAUGAUAGAAGACCCUUGGGUUUUGGCUCCUGCCAUGAAGAACUGUACUCAAGUCGCCCUUAUGGAGCCCUCGAUUCAGGUUUCAAUAGUGUGGACAGUGGUGAUAAGAGAUGGUCAGGGAAUGAACCUACAGAUGAAUUUUCAGAUCUGCCUCUUCGAGUAGCAGAGAUUACUAAAGAACAAAGACUGAGAAGAGAAAGCCAGUACCAAGAGAAUCGUAACAGUUUAGUAGUGACAAAUGGUGGAGUAGAACAUGAUGUGGAUCAGAUAGACUACAUUGACAGCUGUACUGCAGAGGAAGAAGAGGAGGAGGUGCAACAGCUCAAGGGCCUGGACUCAGACAGCCUUAGUUCACAAUUUAUGGCAUAUAUUGAACAACGGCAAAUCUCUCAUGAGGGUUUACCAGUAAAGCCAGUUCCCAUUAGGGAGUUUCAAAAAACAGAAGAUACGAAAAGAUACUCACAUCAAAACAGGGUUCCAGUUGAUCCAUCUUUCUUGUCACUGUCACCAAGUCACAAUCAGAUGUCACAUAUAGACUUGGAACUUCAUCGGAGAAGAGAACAAUUAGUAGAGCACACUCGGCGAGAGGCACAGCUUGCUGCCCUACAGUAUGAGGAGGAGAAAAUAAGGACCAGGCAAAUUCAGAGAGAAGCUGUCCUGGACUUUAUCAAACAAAAAGCAUCACAAAGUCCACAAAAACAACAACCCCCUUUAGAUGAUGAGUAUCCCUUCCCAUCCCGAAGGUCUCAGCACACUGAUGAUAGUGCCUUGUUAGUGAGUGAUGACAGAUCUAAUGGUAUAUCAAGUUCACCUAUGAUGGAAACAGUUCAUCACUCCCCUGCAUAUUCUUUUCCUGCUGGUAUCCAGAGAAAUCAGCCCCAGCGCCCUGAAAGUUUCCUUUUCCGAGCAGCUGUCAGGACAGAAACAACUAAAGGUCAUGCAUCACCCCUUCUUCCAUCUUCUGCACCUGCCACUGAUGCUACAGACUCUGUAACAAGACAGAAUUCAAAACAGAGAGAGGAAGAACUAGAAUUAAUAGAUCAACUACGGAAACAUAUUGAGUACCGGUUGAAAGUAUCUCUACCUUGUGAUCUUGGAGCAGCUCUAACUGAUGGUGUUGUUCUUUGCCAUUUGGCCAAUCAUGUGCGACCUCGAUCUGUCCCAAGCAUUCAUGUUCCCUCACCAGCUGUACCUAAAUUAACAAUAGCAAAAUGCAGGCGAAAUGUGGAGAAUUUCUUAGAAGCUUGCAGAAAAAUUGGUGUACCUCAGGAGCAAUUAUGUUUGCCUCUCCACAUUUUAGAAGAGAAAGGUUUGAGCCAGGUUGCAGUGACGGUCCAGGCUCUCCUAGAACUUGCCCCACCCAAGCAACAGCAGCACCAGUUAUCUGCUGUUUAAGGACUCCCAGGACCUUGAGCAGUGACGUAGCCAAAACAAGGAACAGGACAUCGUGAUUGCUGCUGCCAGCUGUCUGCUUAAACAGAGCUCUGAUGUGUUCUUAGAAGGGACUGUUUCCAUGAUUCCUAACAGGAAUAUCUUCUUUCAUUUCUCCAUUUUAGGGGAGGUCAUAUCCAUUUCCAUUGAAUUUUUUUUAUGAAGACGUAGUGGGUUUUCUCCAGUGAAACUUCUCUCAUUACUGAGAACCCAAAAAUGAAGCCUAAACUGGCUGGGCUUUCCUAGAGAGCUGGCUUAUUUCACAUCAGAAAGCAUAUCUUGCCGG